CAACAUUUGAUAAAUAUAUUUGGGCAUCGUUGCUCUUCAGUAUUGAAUUUGCUGCAAUUGGCAGAUAAAUCAUGCUGAAGAUGGAGAUACGUUAUUCCUUCUGCUGUAUGACAGUAGCAGUUAUUCUGCUCCUGCUGCAUGCUGGGGGCGCGAGAGACCUGCGCACUGUCACGGAGCCCAAGACUCCACAGAGCUGCACCACGCUGAAGGCAGGCAGCGGAGACCAAACCCAGGCCAUCCAGAAGGCUCUCAACUCCUGCGCCAAGAGCAAAGCCGUCCAGCUGUCGUCCGGCACCUUCCUUUCCGGUCCGCUGACCAUCCCGUCGGGCGUCAGCCUGCUGGUGGACAGCGGCGCGACAUUGAAGGCCAUUCCGAACCCGAGCUUGUAUGACCUGGGGAAGAAGACGUGUGGCACACUAGACAAGGAAGGCGUCGGCUGCAAGCCUUUCAUAACCAUUCACGGCGCGACCGGCAGCGGGAUCUACGGCAAGGGCACUAUCGACGGUCAGGGCGGUGAGAUGAUGACUGGCAAGAGCGAGUCUUGGUGGAAGCUGGCCACGAGCGCCAAGAAUAAGAACGAGUUCCAGAACAACCCCCGGCUGAUACAGGUCAACGAUUCCGCAGACAUAACCCUCUACCAGAUUACCUUGAAGAACUCUCCGUUCUACCAUGUGUCAACGAGCAACAUCAACGGCCUGACCGUGUGGGGUAUCACCAUCGACACGCCAUCCACGGCACGCAACACGGACGGUGUCGACCCAAUGGGUUCUCAGAAUGUCACUAUCGCCCAUUGCACCAUCAGCACAGGCGACGACAACGUGGCCAUCAAGGCGAUGAUCUCGCCUUCGAGACACAUCUCCGUGCUAAACAAUCACUUUGGCUCGGGUCACGGGAUGUCCAUAGGCAGUGAGAUCACAUACGGGGCCAGCGACGUGACGGUGUCGGGGCUGACUCUGGACGGCACCACCAACGGUCUGCGCAUCAAGAGCAACACCUUCCGAGGCGGUGUGGUCACCCGCGUGUCCUACACCAAUGUUUGCAUGCUCGACGUGAAGCACCCCAUCAUGGUGGACAUGGAGUAUGGCAAGGUGACCGGCAGCCUCACGCCCGAGUUCCACAACAUCUCCUUCACCAACGUGAAGGUGCUGACCAAGGGAACCUUUACGUUUGACGGCUUGAGCGACUCCAAGCCCGUUGAAGCCACCUUGAAGGACGUGCACAUCAAGAAAGGCUCCAAGUGGAUAACCAACCACGCCAAGAUCACGGGAUCCUGGGAGGAGGAUGCUGCCGGCACUGCUUGUGGAAACGCUGGGAACUCAUAGUUCAUGCAUUUGCCAUUGGAUGCCUAAAGGAAAACAAAUGAGGCGAUCACAAGCAAAGUGGGAAAAGUGAAUAAAGAAUAGUUUUUGAGAACAAGUCUUAAAGCCUCCUAAAAUAAUAAAUAUUUUGUUAAAGUAGUUUACAAAAACUUGCCUCAUGGCAGCACACAUUUAGAGUACUCUCUGUUUGGGACCAAACAGUUUCCCUUUGCUUACAAAAAUGUUCAUGUUAACAUUGAAUUAACAAUAAUAUCUAUAUUCUGUCACUUACACCCCUUUGCUUCUAACUACCUCAAAUGUUCUGUUAUAGUAAACAUAAUAAAUUUAAAAGAACCAAAUCUUUUUAUGAUAACAUGCCAUUAAUAAUGUAAUUUUUUUUAUUAUUAGCAAUUCCAUUUUGUAAUGGUAUUCACCAGUAAAGUUUAUUGAAAA